CGUGUUCAAGCGCACUACCGCAGCAGGCGUUGUAGUGAGUUCAUGCGCUUCAGAGUAGCAGCAGCGUUUGUAAGGAUGUUGUGACAGCAGCUGUAAUAUUUCUCUAAAAAAACCGCCACACUCACGGGUCCAUGAUCCGCGUUGUUUGGAGCAGAAAGAACUAAUCUGAGCGCCUCACGGCUUGUUUCGUUUGAUGAAUGCACCCCCAUUGUUGGUCUGCUGGGGGCCUAAAAGUGGAGCAGCACCCGGCUUUUAUGAAUGGGGAUGCUCGGUUCCCUGGCUGAUUGGAUUUAAGGACCAUCAAUAUUCAUUCCAAGAUUUCAAAGAAGGACUUUCCCAAAGAUUCAGGUGAUCUUUUUGCCACCCAGCUACCUCUUAGUGCACAACAAUACCCCUGAUCAGCCACCAUGCCGAUCUUAAAACAGCUAGUGUCGUCCUCCUCCCAGACAAAGCGUCGCUCCCGUAUGGACCUGACCAGGGAGAUGAUCAGUGCUCCCCUGGGUGACUUUCGCCACACCAUGCAUGUAGGCCGCAGCGGUGAUGCUUUUGGUGACACCUCCUUUCUCAGCACACGCUCAGGGGAACCCCCUCCCGAGUCCACAUCCUUUCCUCGCUCUCCUCGGCCUGGGCUCCUGUCACGCACCUUUAGGAGCAGCAAGCGCUCUCAGUCGGUGAACCGAGUGGACCAACAGAAAGAUAGUGCCCUGGUGGUCCCCGGAGGAUCACCCACCUAUGUAAAAAAUGCCAUGUCCCUUCCCUUUCUCAAUGAUGAAGACGGAGGCGACAGCAUGGUGGCAAAGAGUUUGUCUUCAAGUCCGCUGAAGCUCCACAGCGACUUGGAUGGGAGAGGUGCGGUUGCAGCUACUCGCGCUUUAGAGCUGGAAGAGCGAAGUUUUGGUGAGCUGACUGAGCUCCCAGAGAGCUCAAUUCAGUACGGAGGUGGAAUGAAGCAUGCAGUGUCGGUUAUGUCUUUCCACGUUGACCUGGGUCCGUCCAUGCUGGGUGAAAUCCUGGGUGUGAUGGAGAAGGAGGAUGAUGAUCUUGGCUACGAGGAGGGCAAGAGCAGCGAGGGCUGCACCUCGCCACUGCUUGGCGCCCAUGGUGAGGAAGAGGUUUAUGUAGAGGGUGAAAAAGAUGAGGAGCAGGUGGAGGCAAAUGAAGAAGCAGAAGAGCUGCAGCACCAGGCAUCUAUGCAUCUAGCCAGCUCUGUUGAUCUGAGGCAGGAGGACGGAGGGCCUUACACUCCAGAGUACACUCCUGAGAUACGCCCCAAACACUUGCAGCACCUAGACAGCUGCUCCAUGUCCAGUUCUGGGUCUGCUGCUCUGGAUGAGAAACCCAGCAGCCUGAUCUUUGCAGGAGAUACAGAUAGUGCCACCUUCAGUGCCCCACCAGAGGAGGAGAGCAACUUUUCCUCUUUCUUGGAGGAUGAAGAUGAUGAGAUUCAUGUAUGAGAGUCUGGUGGAAGGAAAAAAAAAUAAGAAUAAGCUGUGGAAGUGGUUUAUGCGCAACUGGCAAGUCCUUUGACAGUGUGGAUUUGCAGUUAAAUGGGAAGACGAUACUGUAGUCAGGAACUGUGCGAAUGGCACUUUGAAGAAGAUGGAGGGUUCCUCCUUUAAAGGGCUACAAAGAAAGAGUGACUGCUCCUUUUGGAUGUGCCCAAACUCUGUCUGUCAGAGAGCCUUACCCUCCACUCCCUUUCUGUCAAUCUGUGACUCCCUUUUGAACACCGAGGGAACUGACAUGGAAGGGAACACACUUUCUGAAUAUGGAACAUUCCAGAAGUAAGCAGGGAGUAGUGGUUAGAAAGGAACUUUUGUAGGAAAAACACUUUCCACAAGUAAAACUCAGUUCAGCCUUUCUCUUUCCCUCUCUCUCCCCUCUCGCUUGAUGUGUCACAUGUGCUUUUUUCAUUCGGUUCGCCUCUUUUCUUCACUCUGGCUGUGGGACGUCAUGAGGCCUGAGCUAAACAGAAGGCCUCUGUCACAACAGGAUCACUGGUGGGUGUCUUGUCACAAUAAAGGGAGCUGUGGUUGUCACUGGUGUGUGAGGCCCUGCACUGAGCCUCUUUCAUCUGAAGAUAUUAUAGCAGUACCAUAGAUCUAUCAGAUUUCUUUCUCCCUUAGUAUAACUUAUGUAUCUCAGGGUCUUUGUGACACUGUUUAAAGAGUACAAUUUCCUGCUGUAAAGCUGGACCUCAAAGCCAACACCAAAUUGUCUCCUUUUUUUUUUUGUAAUUCACUGAGUUUCACAUAGACGCUGUGAAUUGUAGAAAAGGAAGUAGAGCUAACGGAGAUGCAUUGGGCUGAACUAAAUAGAAAGCAAGGUGUUACUACAGCAAACUGGAGGUGUGAGGAGUAGUGUAGCCCACUCUUAGUUGUCUUUUAUAUCUUUAUAUCUUUUCUGAUGCAGUUUUCCUGAUAAUCUCCAUUAAUUAACACAAAGUGACUUUCCUUUAGUCGUGUCAAGUUCGAGUUGAAACCGAAUAACCACUUCCUUCCUUUUUUUCGUUACAUCCGAGCAACUGCAGCGGUGCAAGUGAUCUGUGUAGAAGAUUUUCAUUACUCAAGGGGACUACCUAUAUGUGUAAACUAUUUUCACCACUACGUACGAGUAGGGUUUUAGUGUAUAUGUGACGGACGAAUUGCGUGUGACGGACGAAUUACGUGUACCAGGAGGCACAAGUAAAUCAGACACUACUAGUAUUUGGUGUUAAAUACCUGCUGUUUUCUCUACCUUUUGUUAGAAAGAAAUCUUUACUGUGUUUGUUAUGUCUGGAGAGUGGAUUUAAAAAACAAAAAAAACAAAAAAAACGUGGGGGGGAGAGAGAAAAGAGACAGCAAUGGAUGCAAGCGCAUUAAGAAAAGAUCGCUAUUUUUGUGCAAGUUGCAUAGUCGUUGCAGCUCGACUGCCUUUCUUGCAUCAUUAAAAGCCAUGGCCAGAAAGUAUUGAGGCUUAGUUGGGCUGAUUGACUUCACUGCCUUAACUGAAACUGACAGAUGUGCCAAAUUAUGAUUUUUUUUUUU